ACCCGAACCCAAAAAUCACAAUAUAUUAAUGGAUCCCUCAGCCUCAGCUCGAUGUGGAUACGAAUCCUGAUCUUCCUUCUCGAUCUCGCCGGAGUACAUGGGGCUUCUCAGCAUAAUAAGGAAGAUAAAGAAGAAAGAGAAGGAGAUGCGAAUCCUCAUGGUAGGACUGGACAACUCCGGGAAGACUACCAUUGUGCUGAAGAUUAACGGCGAGGACACCAGCGUCAUCAGCCCCACCUUGGGCUUCAACAUCAAGACCAUCAAGUACCAAAAGUACUCGCUUAACAUUUGGGACGUUGGUGGUCAGAAGACUAUUCGGUCCUACUGGCGUAACUACUUCGAGCAGACGGAUGGCCUGGUCUGGGUCGUUGACAGCUCUGAUGUCCGGAGGUUAGAUGACUGCAGAUUGGAGCUCGAAAAUCUCUUGAAAGAAGAGAGGUUAGCAGGGGCUUCUUUAUUGGUCUUUGCAAAUAAGCAGGAUAUACAAGGUGCUCUCAAGCCAGAAGACAUAGUCAAGGUUCUGAAUUUGGAUUCCAUGGACAAAACAAGGCAUUGGCAGAUUGCUGGAUGUAGUGCAUAUACUGGAGAAGGUUUGCUCGAGGGAUUUGAUUGGCUGGUGCAGGAUAUCGCUUCGCGGAUAUAUGUGCUUGACUAAGAAUGAUAUUUCAAAACCAAUCACGGUUAAAUGCCGCAUUCACUUAUCUGAAUUCUCAAAAUUUAACCAAACCUGAAUCUGCUCUGCCUGUUGAUGUGCCAUCAGCAUUUGGCAUCUUUGGCCUUCAACGUAUUCCAUGGAUGCUGAGACUGGUUUAUUAUCGUCUAAUACUUGAGUUUAUUUUUGAUAAUCGACAUUUUGGAUAAUAUCAUGAGCAAAUUUUACUUUA